ACUGGACUGUACGAAGUUGCAACUUUCGUUGAUACAUAUCUUCAUCUCAAAACGUCCAUCAGAUCUCAAUUCCACGCACAAGCUCAGUACUCCGACCAGUUCUUAGGGCAUACGGGUCUUCUCAACGUCAAGGACGUGGACUGGGUGGCAAACUUGGCUCACAGAAUGCCACCCACGCCUUGCAUUCGCUGCCAUACCAACCGGGCUGUAGUCAAGAGGCCCAAGAAUCACCACAAACUAUGUCGAGAGUGUUUUCUCAACGUUUUUGAGAGUGAGGUGCACCACACUAUUGUCUCGUCGAAGCUCUUCCACCCUGGCGAGAGAGUUGCAAUAGGAGCCUCUGGCGGCAAAGAUUCUACGGUCCUGGCGUCCGUUCUUAAAACUCUGAAUGAACGGUACAACUACGAGCUUGAUCUUGUCCUGCUCAGCGUCGACGAAGGGAUCAAGGGAUACCGCGAUGACUCGCUGGAGACAGUCAAGAGGAAUGCCACCCAGUAUGACAUGGCUCUCAAGAUCGUCGGAUACGACGAACUAUAUGGAUGGACAAUGGACCAGGUUGUGGAUACCAUUGGCAAGAAGGGCAACUGCACAUACUGCGGCGUGUUUCGCCGGCAGGCGCUCGACAGAGGCGCCAAAAUGCUGGAUAUCAAACACGUCGUUACCGGACAUAAUGCCGACGAUGUCGCGGAGACCGUGUUGAUGAAUCUUCUCCGAGGAGACCUGCCACGGCUGUCGCGCAGUACCAGUAUAGUCACGGGAAGCUCAUCCAGCGAGGUCAAGAGGAGCAAGCCACUCAAAUAUGCGUACGAGAAGGAGAUCGUCUUGUACGCCCAUCACAAAAAGCUCGACUAUUUCAGCACGGAGUGCAUAUACAGCCCGGAGGCAUUCCGAGGAACAGCAAGGAGCUUGAUAAAAAGCCUGGAAAGGGUUCGACCAAGCGCGAUACUUGAUAUUGUACGGAGUGGGGAGGACAUGGCCAGGCUGACGCCAAACAAAGAUCAGGACCCUUGUGCAUGCGACGAGGGUGAAGGUAUGGGAGGAUGCGGAUCGGCUGAGAGUCGCAACGCGGCAAUACGAUUGCCACCCGAGGAAUCGAAAGCCACCAAACGAGGUCAACCAAAUGGCCUUGAAACGGAGAUAACCCGUCAUGGACAGCCGAAGGAGGUAGCAUCAUUGCAGCUCCCGGUCAGGAAUCGCCGAACACAGGACCGCUCUUCUGGCCAGCUUCAAACUCUGGGGCAUUGCGUACGGUGCGGCUACAUGUCAAGCCAAGACGUGUGCCAGGCAUGCACGCUCCUCGAGAAUCUGAAUAAGAACAGGGCAGAUAUUGCCAUCUGAAUGGAACCUUUGGGCAGAAGGUGACGUUCUGUCAAUUCUGGC